AUGGCUGGAUGCGUGGCACUGGCGGUGGUCCUGCUGUGCGCGGCGGCCGCCAUGGCCGCGGCACAGUCGGCGUCCAACGUGCGCGCCACCUACAACUUCUACAACCCGGAGAAGAUCAACUGGGACCUCAACACCGCCAGCGCCUACUGCGCCACAUGGGACGCCGGCAUGUCCUUGGCCUGGCGCUCCAAAUAUGGCUGGACUGCCUUUUGCGGGCCCGCUGGGCCCACUGGCCAGGCAUCCUGCGGCAAGUGCCUCCAGGUGACGAACACGGCUACCGGCGCACAGAUUACGGUGAGGAUCGUUGACCAGUGCAGCAACGGUGGCCUGGACCUGGACUAUGACACAGUGUUCAGCAAGAUCGACACCAACGGGGUGGGUAUGCAGCAGGGCCACCUCACCGUCAACUACCAGUUCGUCGACUGUGGCGAUAACUAACGAAGAAAUAAUUGGUGCUCCCAUGCUAUGCAAGGGAAAAAAAGAUUCUGGAUUACAAAUAAUGAUGCACGUCUGCAAAUUAUAAUAAAGUGGAAUAAAUUUUAAUGUGAUGAAUGGAUCCAAGGUUUUCACCCCCUCCUUAUGUAUGGAUGGACUAGGACACAACU